AUAUUGGAUACAAAACACAAUUACACGGAUAUAUCCCCUUUAAACUUCUUGAAUAAGACAAGCAUAUUAGAAAGUAUAAGGUAGCAGGUUUGCAAGAAAGGAAAAUAUAACCAUGUGACGCCAAUUUGCAGUUGUAUAUAAACUGUGCACGCAUAGUAUUAUAUAUUGUUUCAGUUGCCGAACGUGCUUCCUGGCUUGAUAACCACCGUUUGAUUGGCAUGACUUAACACAGUGCAGAAAUCCCGGUAGAUACGUUUCACAAAAGAUAAAAAGAAAAAACACAGAAGAACGAUAUCAAGCGCUCUGUUCGGCUGAUUCCACACCGUUGCGAUAUUGGAACUCGUUAGGAGUGAUUGCAAAUUACUGACAAAACGUGCUGCGUUGAAGAAAUCAUACCGUAGUCAAACAUUUAAUUAAUAAAUAUCUAUGGAUUUUUAUAUUGAUCAAACCUGUAAAACUAAGUUGAACGUGAAAUCCUCAAUUGCGAUAAGUAUAUCGCCAACAGCUGCUGAACAAUACGACAGUGAAGACAAAGAUCUUAUAGGAUAUUACAGAUGUAACUGAUAGUGUGACACUUGAAUAUCUCCAAUAAUGCACAAGGUAUUACGUUUCAUACAGUUCGCUUCGUAUCUAAUAAUGAAAAUAUCAAUGAGUAUUGUGUCAUAAAUCUCGCAUUUCUGCAACAGAGCGUUUGAGGAAAUAUACAAUCAAACUACUACAAAAUAAGUACAGUUACUUGACGCAUUGGACGUGCUUUGAACAAUAGUGAGUGCUACAAAAGGUUUAAUGUUCCAAUUAAAUCUCGAAAUAUGGACGAAGAAAAAUGUCAUUUAGGAAUAUGCAAUUGAAAACCGUUCUUGAGUAAACUUGUAUUCGCGGUGUAUAAAUACGAACGUCAAUCAUUCUGAAUUUCAAUAGACAAAAUCAACUGGAUAAUCUUAUAAAGAACGAUACGGAGAAAAUUCAGCUCCACUUGUAUUAGUGAAAGGAAGUGGGGUCGAAAUACCCAGUGAAAAUGACACUAGCAUGAAUGGAUGAGGGGUUGGAUUUGUGAUGGAAUAAAGCGUAAUUUAGAAUAUUUUCAUUUCUUUUGUAGGAUAAAAUGGCUAUCGUAACCCUUUAAUUGGACCAUUCUAUCUCCUUGAAUACACAUAAACGCGAUGCAACUUUAAAUGCGGAACAAAUGCGAGGUAGAUUACAUGGACGUCGAGUAUCCUACGCCAUUGAAAGUCUGUUCAACGUGAAUUACAGCUAGAAUCACAAAACGUAAUUCAAUUUUCUCAACGAUGGAUGUUUUUCAAUUCCUUGAUAAACACAGGUGUUCUCAGAACUAAAAGCAUCUCGUAAGGAACUUAACUAUUGGGGCUAUAAAGCUUUUUAAUAAAACGUUUAAUCUACAUUAACGUUAAAAGACAUAUAGUGCAUUCAUGUAAACGAUAUUAAGAUUAACGAGGGAAACAUACGCUUCUUUAUAAGAUCGAAUGAAGGAUUAACAACCCUUCAAGAGCACAAUACGCCAAAGAUAAGCGUCUAGAUAAUAUCCGAGGACAUACGACGGACUUUGAUUGAUGCGAAUAUGGAGAACUUCACGUUAUAUUUAACAGACGUAAGCCAGAACAAUGAAACUACCUCUUUAACAGAGCACAUUGGGUAUGCGUACGUAAUUCCCAUUAUCUGUGGAAUAGGAAUGUUAUUGAACGCGUUAAAUCUGAUUGUGUUUACGCGUAAGUUACUUAAGGGUUCAACGUUUACGUAUCUUACGGCAAAUUCAGCAGUUGAUCUUUUGACUUUGAGCUUGGUGUUUCCAAUUGGAUUAGUACGGUGUGGGGGUUGUGCAACAGAUUCAGAUUCACUCGCUGCUUUCGGAAAGGUUUAUGAAUACUAUAUUUAUCUUCCGAUCGCAAACAUGUCCGCAUGUGCGAGUGUUUGGAUAACGCUAGCAGUAUCCGUGGAACGUUAUAUUUACGUUGGGUACAUAAGGAGCGCUAAAACGCUAUGUACAGUAAAGAACGCAAGGUUUGGGAUAAUAGCUAUUGUACUUGGUGCCAUCUGCCUCAAUACUCCUUAUUUUUUCCCAUACAGGGUUGAUACAUCUGACAAUACAGUAGAACUAACAGAAUUCGGACAAAGUCAAAAUUAUCAAGCAUACUCCUGGAUAAGAAUAUCUCUCGCUAAAUUUCUCCCACUGGGAGCAAUGAUCCUGACUAAUUGUUUACUCAUUUACGAGCUUCAUCAGGCAACAAAAAGGCGGCGCGCAAUGUCAACAACUGCAGCGAAACGACAAAAACUUCAAGCGAAGAUCACGACCAUGUUAGUGUGUAUGUGUGUGCUUUUUGUGAUUUGUCACGUGCCGGAAGCUUUGUCUCACGUCGGACUGUUCCGUUCCAUUUUUACACUGGACGAAGAAAGCCUUGGACAUAAGACAUUACGUCUGACAAGCAACAUAUUAGAAAUGCUCUCAUAUACUCUAAACUUCGUGCUUUACUAUUUCUUCAAUUCUCAAUUCCGAUACGUCCUGUGUGGGUUGUGCCGAUGUAUGCGCGAGGCUAAGAUUGAGGACACUGCCGGUGAGACAACCAACAGUAAUAUGCAGACAAAUCACAAUGGUACGACCGGUUGCAAUCACAUGCACCAUGGGAAACCCCCAAAAUCCGGAUCAAGCAAGGCCUGCAAUCUUUAACUCGACAAGUUAAACAAAAACAUAGAAUGAGUAGGUCCAUGAUCUAAAACUGAUCAUUCCAAAAUGUGCAGUUUGUUUUGAGAAACAGAAUGUUAAGUAUGUUUAAUUGGAUUGGAUCUUUAAUGUCGUCCAUAUGUGUACUGUAAGAGUACGCGAAAAUCUGUCCAUAACCAUUCUGUCCAUAUGGAAAUGCGCAAAACGUACCAAUGAACAUCGCUUGACUUAAAUAAAACAACAUGAUUCAGUUAAUGAAAUCAAGGAUUUCAAGCAAAUUCUCAGUUUGUCUUAACUUUUCAAACA